AUGUGUCGACAAUAAGUUGCUAAUAAGAGUUGACCAACAGUCUAGUAGUAAUAGUAUGGAAUAACACUAGUUAUAAACUGGGUGGUUCCAGCCCUGAAUGCUGAUUGGCUGACUGCCAUGACCGUAUACCACGGGGUUUACUUCUAUAAUGGACGGAAUAGAGAACCCAUAUAUUUGCACGUCAUAACCACGGCAUCGUCCCCGUCUAUGACUGCAGGCAUGGCCCUGUUCAAGCAGCAGACAGUGGAGGAUUUCUACGAGAUCGGAGAGGAAUUAGGAAGCGGUCAGUUUGCCAUCGUGAAGCGUUGCUGGGAGAAGAGCACAGGUCUGGAGUUCGCCGCUAAGUUCAUCAAGAAACGACAGAGCAGAUCCAGCCGGCGGGGGGUCAGGAGGGAGGAGAUAGAGAGAGAGGUCAACAUCCUACAGCAGACACAGCACGCCAACAUAGUCACCUUCCACGAUGUCUACGAGAACCUCACUGACGUGGUGCUCGUCCUGGAGCUGUGAGUCACACCAGAGAGGAACACUACAAACCAGGAUUAAGGAGUCAGCCAGAGAACUU